GACGCAAAUUUUCAUUCCCGCUCUGGUUCAAAAACUUUUUGCGCCAGUUCCGAUCUGGCGUUGCCCGUUUACAAAUCUCGAAUUUGCUUGUAUUUUUAGCUCUCGGCCUGCUGUAUUAUAAUUUCUGGUGGAAAAUGCAGCAGGAAAGGCAAGGGGAAAUUGAACAUGAGGCCUCGAUGGAAGAAAAUGCUGGACCAUUGCUUAUCAACAAACUCGAGGAGCAUGGAAUCAGUGCAAAUGAUGUCAAAAAGCUACAAGAAGCUGGAUUUCACACCAUUGAAUCAGUAGCAUACACACCAAAAAAAGCCCUGCUUGCUAUCAAAGGAAUAAGUGAAGCUAAAGCUGAGAAAGUGCUCAAUGAAGCUUCCAAACUGGUGCCUAUGGGAUUCACAACUGCCACGGAAUUCCACCAACGGAGAUCAGAGCUUGUAUAUAUCACUACAGGCUCAAAGGAGCUGGAUAAACUAAUGCAAGGUGGCAUUGAGACUGGAAGUAUCACAGAAAUGUUUGGAGAAUUCCGCACUGGAAAAACACAGCUCUGCCACACCAUGGCAGUAACAUGCCAGCUUCCAAUUGACCAUGGAGGGGCAGAAGGUAAAUGUCUAUACAUUGACACAGAAGGCACAUUUAGACCAGAGAGACUUCUGGCAGUAGCUGAAAGAUAUGGGCUAGCAGGACAAGAGGUUCUUGACAAUGUGGCUUAUGCCAGGGCCUACAAUUCUGACCAUCAGUCACAGCUCUUACUGCAAGCAUCUGCCAUGAUGGCUGAGUCAAGAUAUGCUCUAAUGAUUGUCGACAGUGCCACAGCUUUAUAUCGGACUGACUACUCAGGACGUGGAGAAUUAGCCACUCGCCAAAUGCACUUAGCAAGAUUCCUGAGAACUCUUCUCAAACUUGCAGAUGAGUUUGGUGUAGCUAUUGUCAUUACAAACCAAGUCGUAGCUCAAGUGGAUGGUGCUUCCAUGUUCCAAGCUGAUCCCAAAAAACCGAUAGGUGGAAACAUCAUGGCUCAUGCAUCAACAACAAGAUUGUAUUUGAGGAAAGGAAGAGGGGAGACAAGAAUUUGCAAGAUUUACGACUCGCCAUGUUUGCCUGAGGCUGAAGCCAUGUUUGCCAUUAAUGCAGAUGGUGUUGGAGAUGCCAAGGACUAAAAGAUGCAAAGUGCAAAAUGGCAUCUAUUUGUUCAGUGGACAUAAACUCCUGACUCGUACUGUAAUUUGAAAUACUUCUAGUUGCCUUAAUUUCAACCUGUAAAUACACAGCCAUCUCAUGUUGCAUGCAAAAUCCUUGUGUAUCACACAGUUUCAAACAAAAGCAUAAAAAUCAACAGAAGGACAGAAGGUGGACAAGUAUUUUCGUCAUGAACUCAAGAAAGAUUUACACGAAUAGUUUGAUAUAUUAUUAAUUGAAUGAAAGAACUGCAUUUUGAUGUAACAUAGAAUUUGAGAGGAUUCGUGCAAGCAUGCAAAUAUUGUAAAAGGGAAUCUUAAAGAUUAUAAUUCAUUCAUUUUCCAAAUUACUUUGAUUUUGAUUAAGGCUUCAAACAAAUUGCUUAUUCAGUGUGCCCCAAUUAGUUUCUAAACUUGCUGUAGGUCAGAUUUUUUAAUUAAUGUAAAGAGCCAUACAAUUUUGAAAAAGACCCACUUAGAGUCAUAGUCCAACAAUAGGCAAUAAAACGUACAUGUGUUUAGAAGCAAAGUUAUGCAUGACAACAUUUUUAUUCUCCUGGAGGAAAAAAUCGACAUUGACUGCUAACCAUUAAAAUGAAAAUAAUGUCAUGUCUUUUGUGAUAAUAAAUUAUAUUCUUUAUUGAAACAAAGAGGAUGGAGAUAAUUGACCUGCAUUGUUGGAUUCGUUAAUGCGUCAAAUAUUGGUUAUUUUCCGCUAAACAUCAUGACAUGUGACAUGACCUGUCAGAAGAACCAAAUCUACUUCUAAAUAUGAAGGAUGUGAUGUUAUAACCUUAAUAUUACUGCGUGCUAAAUUUGGUUCCAUUGUCAUUUAUGUCUUCAGAUAUAUAACUAAUAAUAUUACUCUCAGCAGUAAAAGUUUUU